CCGGAAUGCAUAAGAAAGUUCACAAGACCAACACACCAACAAACAAACGGAAUCGCACACUGUUUGCAUCCCCUUGGGCGUUGGAAUCCUUUGGUCUCGCCAUGACAUUGGAUGGGCCGGCGAAAGGGAAGCUGCGCACAGGCCAACGUGUGGUGCUCCAGGGUCUCUCCACCAGUGAACUCAAUGGGCAUCGCGGGAUCAUCGUCCGUUGGCGACAGGACUGCGGGCGCUAUGCCGUGCGUGUGGCGGGGAAGGAGCUGGGUCUCAAGCCGGAGAACCUGACCCCCGAGGGCGGUGCAGCAGUGGCCCAGCAGCUUGCGAAGAAACUGAGCCAUAAGGUAGGGGAAGGUUCCAUGAUCAAUCCUGAAGCCUAUGCACGGGUGCCGGGCGCUGGUCCCAAGAUGACCCAGUGGGUGGGCCAGGUGAAAGCAGGUCGCCGAGUGGUGGUCCGAGCGGAUGUGGAGGCCGAUGCUGAGGCAGUGCCACUGUGGUUCGGCGACCUGGGUUUCGUCCAAAGCGCUCCGGUGGACGUAGCGUUGCUGCUGGAGGACGUGGGUGACGUGGAGCAGUGGCCCAAAGCGCUGGAACGUUGUUUGAAGAGAUUCCCCACGGCCGCAGGGCGCUUGAGACAGGUCAAGAAGGACGGACAGCUGUCGUGGAAGAUCUUCCUGAACAAUGCGGGCGUCCCCUUCACCGCUGCUUCGGUGCCGCCAUGUGGGCUUCCCACACCUGAGGUUUUGCAGCUUGCCUGCCAAGACGACCAGUGCGGCUUCUUUGACACCGGACUUGCGGAGAAUGGUGAGGAAGAUCCAUUGCUGCGCUUGAAGCUCAUUCAUGAAGAGGGCACGGCUAAAGGCCUUUUGGGCAUCUCCUUCCACCAUGUGCUCUUCGACAUCUUCGGUUUGACGGCACUGCUACGAGAGCUCAUGGCAGCCUUGCAGGACACCUCGGUCUCGGCAGAGCCGUGCCACGCGCGGCAGGCCGCGCAGGAGGCCUUCGAAGCGCAGGUGCCAGAGGAGGUGCCGGCGCUUUGGCCCCUGUGGCCUCGUUCUUCGGAGCGGUGGUGCUUCCUCGCACGGAGGCUCCGCAGCGGCUUGCGGGGCCGCCCCGAUGGCGUGGCCACGCUGAGCUUCGCCGCCAAGCGGGAGGAGUCGCCGCCGGAAGGUGCCACCCAGUUGGAGGCACUCGUCGCUUCAGUCGCCUGGCGCUUGCGGCAGCUGGGCCGUGGAGGCCGCGUCAUGGUCACCAAGGACUACCGAGCGCAGCUGGAAGCGGCUGCUCAGCAAGGCCUGGAGCGCUUGGUGGCCAACUGUGUGACCCAUGGCCUCUCCUUCGCGCUGCCCGACGCCACGAUGGAGUCGAUGUCCACGUGGUCGGCGGAGGCCUGCGUGACCAUGCGAAAGGCGAUCGACCAGGUCAGCCUAGGCUAUGUGAAGUGGCACAGCGAACAGGAUCACUUCCGUGGUUUGCCCAACAUCUUUGGCGGCUUUUGCGUGAACAGUUGGGGCCAUGCCCUGUGUGGGCUGGAAAAUGUGGAGGCCUAUGCAGUAGGGAUGCGCAGCAUUGAUGAAAGGGCGGCCAAGAUGUGUUUUCCACUGGACGCCGCUUAUAUGCAGGUUCUGCCGCAAAAGAACGGCCUACAGAGGAUUUUGUUGACGAUGCCUGUCACAGAGAUUGAGGCUUUCUUGAAGGAUCUGCCAGCCGAGUCCUUCGAGGUGCCUCACAUCAGUGAGAUGCGCACACAUAGCUUCCGUGUGCCACUACCGCCUUCAGUGAUGGAGCGGCUCAAUCCUGCAGUGCAAACGCACCACAUCGUCGCGCGGGUGGCCUGUGUGGGGGAUUCCUUGACGGCCUGUGGCUACCCGAAGUAUUUGCAGGCCCUUUUUGACCGCGCAAACAUGAAUGUGCAGGUGCGUGGCUUCGGUGUGUGCGGGGCGACGGCGCAGAAGUUCUCCGACCAGCCCUAUUGGGAGGACCGGAAACUGGAGGAGGCCCGGGUGUGGCGGCCGCACUUCGUGGUGGUGCUCUUCGGCACCAACGACGCGAAGCCGGAGAACUGGGACGCUGAGGCCUUUCAGCAGGCGGCUCAAGUCGGCUCCAGCUGCAUUGCACAGGACUAUCGGGACCUUUGUGUGCACUUCUUGGAGCGUCAAGAGCCCCGGCCGGAGCUGUUGUUGGCCACCCCGCCGCCCGCCUACUCCGAUGACCUGGUCGACACGGAGGUGGUCAACUCGAAACUGCCUUCCCUGGUGCCAGUCAUCGCCGAGAAAGCUCGAGGUGUCAUCAAUGCCCCGCUGGAAGAACAGGCCAAGCGCAGCCGCAGUAGCGUGCCAGCAGAGUUUCUGGCCAAGGCUUCCGUCGUGGAUACCUUCAGUGCCUUAGGAGGCGCUUCGCUGCAGCGCCGCGGCUACUUCUCAGACGAUGGCAUCCAUCCCAAUGAGCGAGGCACCCGAUUGUUGGCUUUGGUGGUUUUCGCCGAUCUCCGCGCCAAGGUGAGCAAGUAUUUGCGCAAGCGGGCGGAUGAGGCGGCAAGGGAAGUGCCUGACAACCCCUUGGGUUUGUGAAGGUCGCAGAGUCCAGUCUUUACGCCGCGGAGCGUGAAGAUGCAUCAGACGGAGCAAGAGGAGCACAUGCAGAGCCACUGGGACUGGACUGCAGAGACCUGUUUUGAUC